AUGCCAUUUAAGAGAAGAAUUGAUAGUAUCAUGAGCAAUGACCGGGGGUUCGAGCUUGGUAAGAACAAGCGAGUGACGAUCCGUCGGUUCAAGAACAUCAAUUUGAUUGAUAUCCGUGAGUACUACCUGGACCAGUCUUCUGGUGACAUGAGGCCCGGGAAGAAAGGUAUAUCGUUGACGGAGGAGCAGUACGACCAAUUGAUCAGACACAGGAGCGAGAUCGAGAACUGUUUGAUCGAUUUGGGGUCGUCGAGAUCGCUAACGGAUAGACCAGAGAUGGACUCGUUGUUAGAGAAGAAGCAAAAGAAGGAGAAGCUAAAGAAAGAGAAGGAGAAGGAGAAGGAGAAGGAAAGAGAAAAGGAGAGAAUCAAGCGUGAGCAGGAAUUGGAGCGUGAAAAGGAGGAAAGAGCCAAUACUUUGGGUGGUAUUGUGGUACCUACGAAUUCUGGUGCUGCUGUGAAGAGCGAAGAUGUGGACAGUCAGUCCGAAGAUGCGCAGUUUGAGACUGUUGAUACCGAGCCCAAGGCCCAGAGCCAGUCCAAGGUCAAGAAAGAGGCAGAUGCACAGAAGGUUUCGUCGUCGACGACGACGAAACCUCCAAGCAGCAAUCCUAGGCUAGACGACCACCUGGAAAAGAUAUCCCGCUCUGCUCCCGAGGAAGACGACGACGGCGACAACACCAUGGAGAAAGAUCUGGUCAAGGCGUUGUCGCAGGACCCACACAACGGGAAUUCCGAUGAAGACAUAUCCGAGGCCGACUAG